GCUCUUUACAACAAAGAACAAAAAUCUUCACGUGUUUCUGUUUAUAUUUUAUUGAAUAAUAUCAAUGUUUUAAACAAAAGUUUCAUUAAUUUAAAUGCUAAGAAUAAUUUGAAAAGAUAAUAUUACUUUUUUAUUAUAGAUAUCAUAAUUAUUUAUUUGUUUUCAUCAUAAUAGUAUUCAUGUAUUUGUAAAAUUUCGCAAACAUGUCCAGCUCCGCUUCUGAAACUGAACAUCAAUUUUCUGACAAUUCUUUUGAUCGGACAUCUUUGUCUAAAUCAAAUAUUGAUGUAGACGAAUUGAACAAAAUUAUCGAUAUCGAUCAUGUACUGGAUUUGCAUGAUAAUCUAUUGAAAAAGGACUGUGAGGUGAUCAGAAAAAUUAAAGAUCUGUAUGUUUGUGUUGAUUGGGAAGUGCCAAUCUCUCACCAUUCACUACGUUUCAACAAAUCUUCUGAAUUACAAGAUGAGAUGUCAGUUCAUGGACAAAGUUUGAAGUUGACUUGUUUCACAGAUGAAGAGGAUCAGUGCUUGAAAGGCAACUGGGAAUCUUUCAAAAAAGAGUACGGAUUUGAUGAUCCAAAAUAUUUUCUACCCGGAUAUCUUAAACCAGAUAUUUUCAGAAAUGAAGAAAAACAUAAAUUUGUUCAGUACUUGGGACAAGGUCUGCCCCAACGUACCUUGCGAAGUAUCUACGACAGGUUCUACGAAAUAUAUGCGGAAGAAUCUGUUGGGCGGUUAGUAUACAAAUACAUUGAUCUUCAUUCCAUUAAACUUUAGUUUACAAAUUUAAUU